AUUACAUCUCUUCAUCAUCUUCAGCAGCAGCAAGAACAACUGUACCAACUAUUAAGACUGUGAACGUGCACGCGCGAGAGUUUAUUUUCGACUUCCGCCUUUCAAACUCUUCCUGUUCGUGUCACCGACCCAGUCAUGUCGUUUUCCGGUGAGGAUGUUCGGGAUCGGCACACUCGCGUUCACACUCGGAGCUCUCCGGGAUUCCUGGAGCGUCUGGGAGAAACCAUGGUGGGGAUGGCGGUGGGCGUGGUCCUCUUCUUCCUCUCCUUCUAUGUGCUCUUCACUAAUGAGGGCCGAGCGAUCCGCACCGCAUCCUCUCUGGAUGAGGGACUCGCCCAGGUCGUGACCCUUCACCCAGACGUCUAUGUCGACCCCCAGAACAACGGACACCUCGUUCACCUCUCGGCGUCUCUGCGCACGGCUCAGCCUCUAUAUGAUCCGAACUACAAGGUCUCGGUUCAGGCGGUGAAGCUGAAGAGGAAUGUGGAGAUGUACCAGUGGGUGGAGUCUCAGGAGUCACGGGACUACCAAGAGAACGGAGAAACUAAAACAGAGACCACGUACACGUACAACACGGAGUGGAAGUCGGAGAUCGUCAACAGCAGGAAUUUUGAUAAGGAGAUCGGUCAUGUCAAUCCCAGUGCAAUGGCGGUGGAGAGCGUCACUGUCGUGGCCCCUGACGUGUGGGUCGGCCAUUUUUCUCUCUCGAGAGGUUUGAUUGAUCAGAUUAAUAAUUUCAAGACUCUGAGUCUGAGUGCACUUUAUGUUGCUGAUCCAUUUCUCACCGUGUACGAAGAUUAUUUCUACCACACAGCCAACCCACGGAGACCAGAGGUGGGAGACGUCCGUGUGAGCUUCUCCUACGCCGGACUCAGUGCUGAAGGCACUUUCCUUGGACCAGCACAGAAAGUGAGCGUGGUGGCGAUGCAGAAUGAAGACAAACUGAUGCCUUUUAAGACCAAAUCAAAAGACACGCUGGAGAUCCUUUACCUGGAGGAGCUCACAGCAGAGGAAGUCUUUGCUCGAGAACAUCAGUACAACAUGAUGAUGACGUGGACUCUGAGAGCAGGCGGUUGGCUCCUCAUGUUCAUCGGGAUCAAUAUGACCAUGCGCAUCUUUUACACUCUUGUGGACUGGGUCCCUGUGCUGAGAGAGCUGGUGUCUGUGGGCGUGACGCUCUUCGCGAUGUGCGUGUCCUGCUCUCUCGCUCUCCUCACCAUCUCUGUCGGCUGGCUGUUUUAUCGCCCCCUGGUGGCUGUGCUGAUCGCUGCAGUCGCCUUGCUGCCCGUCCUCAUCACGUACGCUCGCAAAGCCGAGAAAAAACACCAGUGACGGCUACAGAGGGUGCGACUGUGAACUCUCAAACAUGGAUUCUUUCGUUACACGGACCACUCCCACCGCUGCUGCUCAUCUCUUACACACACACACACACACAAUGUGUGGAUUCACAUCACUGGAGUACUCUGUUAUGGACUGAUGUUAAAAACCAAAGCGAAACACACUCAUAAUAAGAAUGUAUGUUUAUAUUCUACAGUUACUAAUAAAUCACUCUGAGCAGCUGA